AUGGAGGCUUCAUCUCAUCUCUUUGCGCUCCCUUCCUGUCUCCAGACACCUUCUUCUCCGCUGAUCUGUAACAUCCUCGACAUUGUUGUUAUUAUCCUCUUUUCUUAUCUUAAUUUUCUGAAACUCGUGUUGUUUCAUACAGCCGCAGCACCAAACCGGAAUCGAGUUCGUGUCCAUGCGAAAUCAUCAUCUCCGGAGAGCUUAGAUUCGAACGAUUUGGAUUCUUCCUCGGAUACUACCAACAAAACUCAGGGGGAUGAGAAAUCGAAAUCGAUGUCACGGAGACAGUGGAUGAAGACAUGUGUUUGCUUAUCUCCAGCUUUGAUUAGCAAUGCUUACACCUUUGUCUCUGUGCAAAGCGCAGACGCUUUGGACAAGAAACCAGGAGUUUGCCGUAAUUGUCAGGGCAUUGGUGCUGUUCUUUGUGACAUGUGUGGGGGUACAGGAAAAUGGAAAGCUCUCAACCGAAAACGUGCAAAAGAUGUAUAUGAGUUUACAGAAUGUCCAAACUGCUACGGUCGAGGCAAGCUUGUUUGUCCUGUCUGCUUGGGUACAGGUUUACCAAACAACAAAGGUCUUCUUAGAAGGCCUGGUGCUCGUGAGCUACUCGACAAGAUGUAUAAUGGUCGGCUUCUCCCCAAUUCAUGAGCAGAUUUUUACUAUAAAUCUGCUUUUAAGCACAAAGCCAAUAGAGAAGCUAUAGAAGAAUGUAAUUCAAGAAGAUGUUUUGUAAUGAUGCUAGCAAACUACAUCAGUACUUAAAUAAUCCAUUCAACGACUCCAGUAAAACAAUUAUUCACAUAUGCAUCGGCCAUAAACAUAGACAACGCCUACUCAUGCCCUCUAGACCUUUUUAUUUAUGUCAUUUUGGCCUGGUACUUACGCCAUUUAGGCUUUGUCAUGCACAUAAACUUAUAUCAUUUAGUCUCUCAUUGAUCUCCC